AGGAAUUGGGCAGCCUAUUGUAGACCUUAUCAAGUACAUGGAAAACGAGCACUUACGACAUUGCUUGCCUCGGGACCUGGCUAGCGGAAUCGCAGAACUUCCUGUUGAAUUCAUCUACCUUGAUGGCAACGCCACAAAUAAUCGCACGACAAGACGUUUGCCCAUUACGGGUGAGAUCUUGGAUGGCAAGAAAUCAUACAAGAAUAUUUUACCGUAUUUUACGACAAGCGAAAUCACGCCUGAAAGAGUCAACGAGAUUGGACAGGAGCGUUUGAAAGCCCUGUAUCCACAGGUAUGGAUAUUUAAAGAGUAAACGUAAUACACUAGUCAAUUGAAACCCCGGACCCCCGAAAGUGUACUAAUCAGGGCGCUUAUAUAUAAAGGCCCUGGUACUAACCAUACAGAGGUUUCACUUCGCGAGAAUCGAGAAAAACGUAAGGUAGUUUUUACUGCGCAUAUCUGGCGGCCAUGUUCUUAGUAAGUUCCCCAAAGAGAGGCAUUUUCCCCCUGGAACAUUAAAUUUCAAUAUGUUUUCCGGGGUUGACGGCCUCUCUUUAGGGUACAUGCAUGGCGGACUGGAACAGUCUCUAAAGGCCGUUUUCCACUAGGCGGAAUUUUGCGCGCGGAGCGGAAUCUUUCUUUGUCUUUUCUAAUUAGCUCCACCCGAGAAAUCACAAGACAAAAAGAAAAAUUCCGCUCCGCGCGCAAAAUUCCGCCUAGUGGAAAACCGGCUUUACGCUGAAAUUAAUAAUUUCUAUCGCAUAGCUAUACACAACAUUACAAAGUCGAUCAGGUUCAAAUACUGCAUGCAUAUAAAAUUCAGUCAAACGCAUUCUAACUACGUUUGUUAUGUGUAUGCAAAUACUAAAUUCUUGUCGUAACAAACUUAUUCCAAAUAAGCUUUAUGUGCAUGGCUUUGUGUUCGGUGAGUUUCAUCUUUUAACUUUCUUCAUUUCUUUAUAAAAAUACUCUCCCUCUAACAACGUUGCGUAGUCAGUUUCGGUGCUAUAUUCUUGAUUCUGUAUUACAACACAAGAAUAUGAUUUUUACGCUGUAGCCAAGGUCGCUGCAGUGAAAAGCAUGCUCUGGGGAUAUGUAAAUUUUGUCUGCCUCAGUUAAAGCAAUGCGAAAACAAGCUUUCAACCGUAUUCCGCACCCGUUACUCGUUAUCGGCAUCUUAAACGCUCCCUGUUAUCUAGCGUAAACACCACUGCUCUCCAUGCCAUCCAGUAACGAUUCAGUGAUCGGAAUGUUCUAUUGCCUUUUCAUUGUUUUGAAAAUCUCACUGUUCUUUAUGCCAUCCAGUAACGAUUCAGUGAUUGGAUGUUCCAUUGCCUUUUCAUUAUUUUGAAAAUCUCACUGUUCUCUAUGCCAUCCAGUAACGAUUCAGUGAUAGGAUUUUUCCAUUGUCUUUCCAUUGUUUUGAAAAUUCUACUGUUUUUUAUGCUAUUUAGUUUCUAGUUUAAUUUUCAACCUAGAUUAUUGCGAUUGCAAAGAAUGUAACUGGAAAAUCUAAUGAGGCCGAAGCAGUGACCGCAUUCCGUAAAAUUCUCACAAACCAAAGCUCAUUUUACAACGAUGCACCGUUUCCACAAAUCGAAUCCAACUCCACAGCUCACAAACGUUGUACAGACUUGACAAAAGCAAGAAAAUAUUGCCCUGAACGGUACAAAUCCUUAUUAAAAUGGAUGUCGACGUGUAGAGAGACGAUGAGUAUGCUCUCUCCAAAACUUAUACCAUUGUUUUACCACACAGGGGAUAAAAUAACAUUCCCCAACUGCCCUAUUGAAAUGCUGCCUAGUUUUAACCCGUCUUCAAGCGCGCAGUUCUUUCGGAGUACUGGAGCAGCUUGCACCAAACCAGCUCGUUUUGGUUUACCGUUCUUCCUCGAGAACCACGGACCACGCUUUUCAGAAUGGUCUGUGACCGCGCACGAAUCUUGGCCUGGACAUCAUACACAAGUUCAAGGUUGGUUCAUUGUUGCGUGAAUAAAUUAAUGCGAUGGUCUGGAAGGCCGGCAAACUUCAAAGCUACAAAAUAGAAGAACUUUGUUUGUUGUCAAACCGUACCCUUAUACCGUGCACAAAUCCUUUGUCUCAACUUCAUUAAAUAUUAUUCAUCGUGGUUGUAUCCCUAUUGAACGAUUGCUUCAUUAUACGACAAUACAAUGAACUCAAUCACCGUGACCGUGCACAAAUUAACAUAAAAUCUGACAAAAACAGAACACAAUGAGUUCUUCUGUUUAGUUCCAGAUCAUUAUAUCUUGAUAGACUACAGGGUGUAUAAAAAAACGGAGAUCUUUAGAAAUCAACCUUAUUGUUAAAAUUUGAAUGCCUUUUCAAUUGCACAUAUAUGCAGAACCGUAGUGCGUGAAAUAUUGAUGGGUGCAUAUAUUAGAAAAAGAAGACCUUUAGAAAUUGAAAUAACAUUUAAACACAAGACUGUCUGCUCCUGGAACAAUCUGCCAUGCAUACUGUACGUAGAUCGCAUGUUACGCACUCGUGGGCUUAGCAAAGUGCUCCAGGAUUCAAAUUAUAACAAUGAUUGAUUUCUAAAGGUCUCCUUUUUCUAAUAUAUGCACUCCAUCAAUAUUUCACGCACCAUGGUUCAGCAUAUGUGCAAUUGAAAAGGCAUUCAAAUUUUAACAAUAUGCUUGAUUUCUAAAGUCUCCUUUUUUUAUACAUCCUGUAUAUAUGUUCUUAUGAUUGUCAAAUUAAUCAAAUUUCAAACACUCAUUAAUAAUUCAUAAGCUUAUUGGCAAAUCAUGUCAACCAUAGUAUGUCACGUGCAGUGGCUUUAAACCUGAUAAAACACUCCGAAUUAGUAUUCUUUAUAUAAAGAAUACUAAUAAGGCAGUAUCUAUUGUAGUCAUGUCCUCAUUAAUAUUUUUUAUAUAAAGAAUACUAAUAAGGCAGUAAAUCUAUUGAAUUUGUAGUCGUGUUUGAAGCCGUUUAAUAAACUCGCAGGUCGUGUUUUAUUAGGUCUAAAGCCACUCGCGCUGUAGCCUACGUUGUAGACAGUGUGACCAGGUUUAGUACAUUUUAUUACCAGAUCCGGUUGGAUGCCCUUAGACAACCCCACCUGCUUUAAACAACUGCAACAUUAAGAACAGGAGGGGGCAGCCAACCAAUUUUAAGCAGCUUUAGUAAAAAAAAUUGCAUAUAUGGUCACACUGGUUGUAGACUCCAGCAGAAACACGUUUCGUGUUUCUGCUGGGGUCUACAACGUAGGCUACUCGCGCUGCGCGCUCGUGGCUUUAAACCUAAUAAAACAUUCUGCUCGUUUAUUAAACAGUACAUAAAAAUCUAUUUAUUUUUGCUGCAUUUUAUUUAGCUCAAAUUGAGUACUUCAAAGAUAAGUACGGUGGAGUACCUAAAUGGAUAGACGAUCUGACAUCUUACACAUUCUUCACAGAGGGUUGGGGUUUGUAUUCUGAAAAUCCGGUCAUUGCUGAGGAUACUGACACUUAUAAAGAGCACCCCAUGCAGAGAUUCGGUAUGCUUAAGUGGCAGGUAUGAGUUCCUUUCUCGAUAUAAUUAAACACGACUGCAGCGAACUUUUCUAGCGAGUUUUUUGUUUUAAUGUAUUCUUUUCUUCGUAGGUUUGGAGAGCAUUGCGUUUAAUUGUUGAUACAGGUCUACAUUAUCGUGGAUUGAAUAGGUAGGUAAUUGAUGAUAUCAUUGCAGCCUCAUCGAUCCAAUGUUACUACACAGGAAGAAACCUAAACUAACUUUAUUUAUACUGAAUAGCUCUAUCACUUCCAAACUCUUCUUCAGUGCCGUAGCAAGCUCGAUAAUUGGGGGGGGGGGUGGGGGCUGAUAUUCAUAUAUUUGUGUUCUGCAUUAUUAAUUUCUUUUGAAAUCGAUUGUUUUUAUGGUCUCUGAACACGAAUAUAUGAAUAUCUGCCUCCCCCCCCAAAUAGACCUUUCCCCUUUUAAGUGAAAUUUUGAUCUAGGCAAGUCUGGACAAAAAUUUCAUCACAGCUUGAAAGAGCAUCGCAAAAUUAGUAAUAUUCCGAAGUUUCGUUGCAAAAUGUUGUAAAAUGCGGAUAAUAUAACCUUGCGAAGUUUGCCGUUUUUCAGUCAUUUUGCAUUACAAACGGAAAUUGAUAAUCAGAUAAUCAACUACUGAUUAUCAAUUCCAUUUGUAAUACAAAAUGACUGAAAAACGGCAAACUUCGCAAGCCUAUAUUAUCCGCAUUUUACAACAUUUCGCAACGAAACUUCGGAAUAUUACUACUUUUGUGAUGCUCUUUCAAGCUGUGAUAAAAUUUUUGUCCAGGCUAGUCUAGAUCAAAAUUUCACAUCGAGCUUGCUACGACACUGCUCUUCUUUCUAAAGGUAAAGUAAGGAUCAUCUCUUCUUAUUGGUCUGUGUUACUUUAGUUGGAAACCGAAACUAAACUAAGUUAUUUUUUUAUAUAUACUGGAUAGCUCUAUCAGUUCUAAACUGUUCUCUCUUGAGAUCUAGUAAAAGCCACCUUAUUAGUGGUUCUGAGUUACUUCAUUGGAAAACCUAAACUGGACUAAUUUUAUUUAUACUGAAUCGUUCAUUCAGUUCUAAACUGUUCUCCGUUGAAAUACAGUAAGAGUAAUCUCUUAUUGGUCCAGUGACUUGUAUUGUAUUGUAUUGUAUUGUAUUGUAUCGUGUUGUAUUGUAUUGUAUUGCAUUGUAUUGUAUUGCAUUGCAUUGUAUUGUAUUGUAUUGCAUUGCAUUGCAUUGCAUUGCAUUGCAUUGCAUUGCAUUGCAUUGCAUUGCAUUGCAUUGCAUUGCAUUGCAUUGCAUUGCAUUGCAUUGCAUUGCAUUGCAUUGCAUUGCAUUGCAUUGUAUUGUAGCUAAACCUAAAUUAAACUACCUUUAUUUAUACUGAAUAGCUCUAUCCGUUCUAAGCUGUUUUCCAUAUAAUUUGUUUCUCAUUGGUCCAGUAUUAGCUAAACCUAAACUACCUUUAUUUAUACUGAAUAGCUCUAUCAGUUCUAAACUGUUUUCCAUAUAUAUUUAGUUCCUUAUUGGUCUAGUAUUAGCUAAACCAAGCUAACUUUGUUUAUACUGGGCACUUCUAUCGGUCUUAUCUUAACAAUCAUCAUACCUCGCCCUUACAGGACCGAAGCAUUAUGGUAUUUCUCGCAUUAUGCUUGGGAUGACUCCGAUUUGGCUGAAAAAGAAAUCACUCGUUACCAGGGCGUUCCCGGCCAAGCCACCGCGUACAUGCUAGGUCAACAAAGACUGGUGCAACUACGAGAAUAUGCCAAGACUCGGCUUAACAACACAUUUAAUAUCCAAGAUUUCCAUUACCAAAUUUUGUCUCAAGGCUCGGCGCCCGAAGAAAAGCACGUAGAAAAAAGCACGUAGAAAAGCACGUAGAAAAGUAUGUGAAAUGCUCUCUGGGUACACUGACAGGUCCGACAUGCGAUGUCAUUUUGAAACCGCCCAAGAAAUCCAAUAGUCAGACAGUUCAGAAAGAAGGACCACCCAAGCCUCCUAAACGACAUUACUAUUAAACUUUUUUAGAAACUUUAGUUUUAUCCAACACAAAUGAUUUGUGCUGUAUGUAUGUAAGUAGUUGAUUAAUAAUCGUACAAAUCUAAAUCAGAAAAAAUAAUAAUCGGACAAUCUAACGUUUUCCGA